AGUUGUUCUUAUAAAUGAUUAUACAUAUUUGCAGAUCACACACACACACACAGUCCGAGACGUUCUGAUCUGCAAACACAACCUUUGUGAGUCUUCGAUCUGGAUCAGCUUUUGGACCAAGAAGAAGAAGAAGAAGAAGGACGAAGAUGGAUCCUAUUGUGGAAGUGGUGGCCCUGGUUCUGGGGUUUCUGGGGUGGGUGAUGGUAGGGGUCGCACUGCCCAACCGGUACUGGAGAACAUCCACGGUGGACGGGAACGUCAUCACCACCUCCACCAUCUACGAGAACCUGUGGAUGUCGUGUGCGACCGACUCCACCGGCGUUCACAACUGCAGGGAGUUUCCCUCGCUGCUGGCUCUGAGUGGUUACAUCCAGGCGUCUCGUGCCUUGAUGAUUACAUCCAUCAUCCUUGGCACCUUUGGCCUGGUGGCGGCGCUGAUUGGACUACAGUGUUCUAAGGCAGGAGGAGAGGACUAUGUUCUGAAAGGCAGGAUCGCCGGCACUGCUGGAGUCCUGUUCAUUCUGCAGGGUCUGUGUACCAUGGUGUCAGUUUCCUGGUAUGCCUUCAACAUCACUCAGGAUUUCUUUAAUCCUCUACAUCUGGGAACAAGGUAUGAGAUUGGAGAAGGCCUCUACAUCGGUUGGUGCUCCGCCAUCCUGGCCAUCGCAGGUGGAGCCUGUCUCACCUGCUCCUGCAAAAUGGGCACACAGGAGCCUACUAAAUACCAUAUGCCCUAUCAGAGCAGAGGAACGGCGUAUUCUGGAGCAGCGCUGUCCAGAAGUGCAGGGGCCAGCACUUAUGGACGGAACGCCUACGUCUGAGGGGAAGAGACGGAGCUGCUGUCUGUAGACUGGCGGCAGGUGGUCUUCACCUCUGGUCAGGUGGAAACACUGUGUGAACAGGAGCUGCGUCCUUACUGCUGUUUCUACACUGUAAAUAAAACCAGUCAGAAGUCUGCUGCUCUGUGACGGUGUGACGGUGUAACAGUGUAACGAUGAUGUCACUAAUGUUGUUGUUGUUGUAAAAGUUGUACAGAGUUCAGCCACUCAUGUCUCUUUAGUUCAGGAUGAAUAUUUUUUAGCACUUGUUUGUUUUUAAUCUGCUGAUCUGCACUGACACUUCCUGUUUGCUGCAGGAAGGUCAAAGGUCUGAUGAUUCCUCUUUCUGUGUCUUUUUGGCACUUGUGUAGAUAAAAUUUGACUCUGUCUUUGUUUUCACCAUAUUUUCUGUCUUCUUUCCUUUUUUUACUAUUGCACAUAAUAAAAUGAGUUUGGUGUAGUAUUCAGAUGUAAUUUUUACACAUUGUUGGAAUUAAAUUAAUUAUUUAGCUACAUAUACAAA